AUACAGUGUUUUUAUUUCUUGCUUUUGUUUCACGUCCAGAAAAUAACAGCAAUGGUGGAUAUUUAAAGAAAUGUCCAUAUCAGAUCGUUCGUGUGACAUUUUCGUAAUAAUUACCGGAUUGAUAUCAGAGCCAAAUCCACAGGAGGGAGGAUGAAGCGGCGCAAUGCGGACUGCAGCAAGCUCCGACGCCCGUUAAAACGGAACCGAAUCACCGAGGGUAUAUAUAGCAGUACCUUCCUGUACCUGAAGUUUCUGGUGGUGUGGGUGCUGGUGCUGCUGGCAGACUUUGUGUUGGAGUUCAGGUUUGAGUACCUGUGGCCCUUCUGGCUGUUCAUACGCAGUGUCUACGACUCCUUCAGAUACCAGGGGCUGGCGUUCUCAGUGUUCUUUGUGUGUGUGGCGUUUACGUCUGACAUCAUCUGCCUCCUCUUUAUCCCUGUCCAAUGGCUGUUCUUCGCUGCCAGCACCUACGUCUGGGUCCAGUAUGUCUGGCACACAGAGAGAGGAGUGUGCCUACCCACCGUAUCGCUAUGGAUACUGUUUGUUUACAUGGAAGCUGCCAUCCGCUUCAAGGACCUGAAGAACUUCCAUGUGGACCUGUGUCGCCCCUUCGCAGCUCACUGUAUUGGCUACCCGGUGGUGACUCUGGGCUUUGGCUUUAAGAGCUACGUCAGCUACAAGAUGAGACUGAGGAAACAGAAAGAGGUGCAGAAGGAGAAUGAGUUCUACAUGCAACUCCUACAGCAAGCUCUGCCCCCAGAGCAACAGAUGCUACAGAGACAGGAGAGAGAGGCAGAGGAGGCGGCCAUGGCUAAAGCUGUGUCAUCAGAUGUGGACCCUACCCCGCCGGUUUCCCAAAAUGGGUCAACUCCCGGCAAGAAGACGCUCGUUAACGCUUCCGUUCCCUUACCGGAACUGGAGUACCGGGAGAAAGGGAGAGACGGGAACAGCAAGGAACGGGAGGGCAAACAACAACAACAACAACAACACACAAUAGGAAUCAACAACAACAGUAUCCUCCACACACUGGACUCCACAUUACAGGAGACAGAGUAUAUGGAGAACAUGGUAGGGAAGAGACUGAAUAACGACCUCGGAGGAGAGAUCACACACACAGGCAACACACACACUCCCAAAGAGGAGGUGGGGGGAACAGGGGUAGGGGGAGGGAAGAACUGCAAAAAUGCCAGCGGAGGAGGUGUGGCCACAAACUCCUCCCCUCGGAAUCACAGCGCCACCAAUGGGACCGUGCCGUCGUCUGGCUUGUCCAAUAAGAACGAGAAAAAGACGAAGUCUGCCGGGAAGGGAGGAGCCAAUCAGAAGGAUCCCGUGGAGAACUGUAUUCCCAAUAAUCAACUGGGCAAGCCUGACGCUCUCGUGCGGUUGGAGCAGGAUGUGAAACGGCUGAAGGCGGACCUGCAGGCGAGCCGUCAGUUGGAGUCAGAUUUACGUUCUCACCUCUCCUCCCUGACCAGCCAGGACAGGAGUCUGCGCUCAGAGCUGGGCCAGCUGCGACAAGACAACGAGAUGCUGCAGAACAAUGCUGACCAGGCCAAGCAAAAGGACAAGCAGACCAUCUCCCAGCUAGAGAAGAGGCUGAAGGCAGAGCAGGAGGCGCGGGCGCUGGCGGAGAAACAGCUGGCUGACGAGAGGAAGAGGAAGAAGGUGGAGGAUGCCACCGCAGCCCGGGCUGUAGCACUAGCCGUAGCCUCCAGGGGUGAGUGUACUGACUCCCUGCGUGGGCGGAUCAGAGAGUUGGAGACGGAGUGUAAGAAACUCAACAUCGACGUGAAACUCGAAGAAGAGCACAUUAGAGAGCUGGAGGGGAAAUGCCAGGAGCUGCGUAAGUACAAGGAGAAUGAGAAGGACAUGGAGGUGUUGAUGUCUGCGCUGUCGGCCAUGCAGGAUAAAACCCAGCACCUGGAGAACAGUCUGUCUGCUGAGACCAGGAUCAAACUAGACCUCUUCUCUGCCCUGGGAGACGCCAAGAGACAGCUGGAGAUCGCACAAGGUCAGAUCCACCAGAGAGACCAGGAGAUAGCAGAGUUGAAGCAGAAGAUAGCUGAAGUGAUGGCGGUGAUGCCCAGUAUCUCCUACAGCAACGACAGCAGCAGCCUCAGUCCCGUUACGCCACACUACUCCUCCAAGUUCAUGGACAAUAGUCCCUCCUCUCUUGAUCCCAAUGCAUCUGUCUACCAGCCACUCAAAAAGUGACAGUAGCACACACACACAUUAAUACACACUUACUCACUUACUCACAAGGCAGCAUACAUAGUCCCAUUACACACAUUUUUCACACAUACAAAAGAUAAAUAGUUUUGGUCAUGUUUUUAAGUUGUGUUUUUGGGAAGCGAUAGGAAAUGUUUUUCAGAGGUGUCUAGUACUAGCCUCUCAAAAAUGGGACACACCAGACCCAAUUGGUCAUGGGUUUGUUCCCAUGGCGACGCUUAGUUUUUUUUUGGCGGGGUCUGUUUUUGGAACAGAUGGAGAGGUUGUGUAAAACGACAGUAGACGUUUUAGGGAUUGAGAUGUUGACGUUUUAGGGAUUGAGAUGUUGACGUUUUAGGGAUUGAGCCAUUCUGUUUUUACUGGUAAGAGAGACGUAAAGGGACAUCAGGUUGACAAGGACGCUGUCCAAAAAUAACACCCUAUUCCCUAUUUUUGACCCGGGCCCAGUGGGAGAUGGAGGCAGAUGAGGACUGGCUGGUUCGUUGAUAUGAAUGUUUAGAAUGACUCAUUGUAUUGCUCGGUCACUCUUUCUUUCAGUCAGGGAUUCAUGAUCGCUCUCUCUUCUCUGAGUGUAUUGCCAAACUUCUCUUGGUUUUAAAUGAGACAACUGAAACAUUUUGAAUUGUUAAAAUGGCACCUUCUGUGAGUUUUGAUUAUGACUGUAAAAUACUUUGUUUGUGUUUUGGUUUUAUCGCCCUAAAGUGUGGUUUUUUUUUUUUUAAAGUGACACAUUUCAGUUUUAGUUAUAAUGAAAAUGGUAAUAUCAUCACUAAAUGUACAGAUCGCCAAUUUGUACAUUAUUCCAUUUUGAAAACUCUAACUGACUCCAAACAGCGUCCGGGAUUAUCAAUUAACUCAAAACACUCCUGAUUUGUAGCGUUAACUCAACACUCCGGUCAAGAAAUCCAUAAAUCUCUCAAAAUAGGAUUGUCAAUAAAUAUGACCUGGUACUGUC